CGCGGGACGGUACCGCCCUCCGACCGCUCCCCCAGGCUUCUCUUCGGACCGUUAACCUCGAAUGAGGAACGAGCGGAGAGGGAAGGGAGGGGCUGCGGCGGCGCUGGCACAGCCCGCCGGGCCCGGGGCCGGGGGCGGCGAGGUCACGUAACGGCUGCUCUGGCGUCUGCCCGGGGAGGGGGCGCCCUCCCCGGCAGCCGGAGCCCUCCUGCGCGCGGCUCCGAAACAGUUACCGGCUCGUAAACAACAGCUGCGCGCGCACCCGCAUCAGCUGGCGCCGGGAUUCAGCACCUGCGACCUCCUCUUCCCCUCAUCCCCGCUGCCCCCUCCUGUUCAGCCCGGGCCAGCCUACGGGGCCGUCUCUUCUCUUGCUAGGACCCGAAGGAAGAACGGCGAGGGCCUGACCUGCGCCGCGGCCCUGGUCGGGGAGAAGGCGUCCUCCGGCAAAGGGGUGGCCCGUCCUGUCACACGCAGGAGAAACCCAGCGAGCAGACCGUGGGCUCGAUGGACUAGCAACGACCUGCCACGACCCUGAGCUGCAGUCCGAGGGGUCUCGAUCCGCCCGCUAGCCGCCCCCUCCCAGAUCCGAGGGACCGUUCUGCCCGAAGAGCGGGCGGGCCACCCCCGCAGACCUCUUGGAGACGAGAAUCCGCUCUGCCCCUGCAUCCUCUGCUCACCCUUUUCUCCUCAUUCUCCUGUAUCCAGUAGUGUGGGGUAUUUUUCUCGUUAUGCAUGCUCAUCUCUCCCACCAGACCCAAGUGGAUUAUUGGCCUCAAAAACAUCGGGUGACUCUCCACACACCUCCCAGCCAAACCUGUGGGGUAUUCACCUGAUACACAACAGGUGGCCGGGUGUACACCAUUUCGCAAUCUGAUCUGUGCUGUAUUCGCCUGAUAAGGGUGGGCCUGCGCGCACUUUGCUCAACUAGAACCGUGGGACAUUUACCAGAUAAAAAAGACUUAACUACCUCGGCGGAAACCUGCGGGUCGAGGGGAGAAACGGUUCACCAGCUUAUCUUGAGACCAUGGCGCUGGGGCUGCAGUGCUGGACCAGGGGAGAUAGCUAGAUAACUUUUUUUUUUUCCCCCUGAAGCAAGGAAGUUACACGAGUUUGGCAUCGUUUUGUCUUUUUUCCUCCUUAAAUAUUUAAUGGUAGUGCACUUUCUGGGAUAGUCUGUUUGAAUUCUGAGAAGGAACUUUUUGUGGUGUAAAUCAAGAUUAUUGAAGAUUUUUUUAAGUUAUCUUUUCUAUUUUACAAUCAAAAGUAGCUAGCGUAGGAGGAAGGAUUUUGCGGGGGUUUCCUUUUUUCUUUGUUCUUAUAAAGGAAAAGAGAAAGAAUAAUGCAUCCUCCAGAAGCCACCACCAAGAUGGCUUCAGUUCGGUUCAUGGUGACACCAACAAAGAUCGAUGACAUUCCUGGUUUGUCAGAUACCAGCCCGGACCUCAGCUCCCGGUCCAGUUCCCGAGUAAGAUUUAGCUCACGGGAAAGUGUGCCGGAAACAAGCCGGAGUGAGCCCAUGAGUGAGAUGUCCGGAGCCACCACUUCACUGGCAACUGUUGCUCUGGAUCCGGCUAGUGACCGGACUUCUAACCCCCAGGAUGUCACGGAGGACCCGAGUCAGAACUCCAUCACAGGGGAACACAGCCAGCUGUUAGAUGAUGGGCAUAAUAAGAAAGCUCGAAAUGCUUAUCUCAAUAAUUCCAAUUAUGAAGAAGGAGAUGAAUAUUUUGAUAAAAACCUGGCACUCUUUGAGGAAGAAAUGGACACAAGACCAAAGGUAUCUUCUCUCCUCAACCGUAUGGCCAAUUAUACUAAUCUGACACAAGGAGCGAAGGAACAUGAAGAGGCAGAGAACAUCACUGAGGGGAAAAAGAAGCCCACCAAGACCCCUCAAAUGGGUACUUUCAUGGGUGUCUACCUCCCCUGUCUACAAAAUAUUUUUGGAGUGAUCUUGUUUCUACGCCUUACAUGGGUUGUGGGCACGGCUGGCGUUCUUCAGGCCUUCGCAAUCGUCCUUAUCUGCUGCUGCUGUACAAUGUUGACUGCUAUCUCCAUGAGUGCCAUUGCCACUAAUGGAGUGGUGCCAGCUGGAGGCUCAUACUUUAUGAUUUCCCGGGCCCUGGGCCCAGAGUUUGGUGGGGCUGUUGGCCUCUGCUUUUAUCUUGGUACCACAUUUGCAGCAGCCAUGUAUAUCCUUGGUGCCAUUGAAAUUUUUCUGGUAUAUAUUGUCCCCCGAGCUGCCAUCUUUCGUAGCGAUGAUGCACUCAAGGAAUCAGCAGCCAUGCUAAAUAACAUGCGUGUCUAUGGCACCGCGUUCUUGGUUCUCAUGGUAUUGGUGGUAUUCAUCGGUGUGCGCUAUGUGAACAAGUUUGCCUCACUUUUCCUGGCCUGUGUCAUUGUGUCCAUCUUGGCCAUCUAUGCUGGAGCCAUCAAGUCUUCUUUUGCCCCUCCACACUUCCCGGUCUGCAUGCUGGGUAACCGCACCCUUUCAUCAAGACACAUUGAUAUUUGCUCUAAGACCAAGGAAAUUAACAACAUGACAGUACCAUCAAGGUUAUGGGGCUUCUUCUGUAACUCAAGUCAGUUUUUCAAUGCCACCUGUGAUGAAUACUUUGUUCACAAUAAUGUCACUUCAAUCCAGGGCAUUCCUGGAUUGGCUAGUGGUGUCAUUACAGAGAAUCUUUGGAGUAAUUACCUACCAAAGGGAGAGAUCAUUGAAAAGCCCUCAGCCAAAUCUUCUGAUGUCUUGGGCAGCUUAAACCAUGAGUAUGUCCUUGUUGACAUCACCACCUCUUUUACUCUUCUGGUGGGGAUCUUCUUUCCUUCUGUCACAGGUAUCAUGGCUGGAUCAAACAGAUCUGGAGAUCUGAAAGAUGCUCAAAAGUCUAUUCCCAUUGGCACUAUUCUCGCCAUCCUGACCACCUCCUUUGUCUAUUUAAGCAAUGUUGUCCUUUUUGGUGCCUGUAUUGAAGGUGUUGUUCUCAGAGACAAGUUUGGGGAUGCUGUGAAAGGUAAUCUGGUGGUGGGUACCUUAUCUUGGCCAUCCCCAUGGGUGAUUGUUAUUGGCUCCUUCUUCUCCACAUGUGGGGCUGGACUUCAGAGUCUCACAGGUGCACCAAGGCUGCUCCAGGCUAUAGCCAAGGAUAACAUCAUACCCUUUCUGAGGGUUUUUGGUCACAGCAAAGCCAAUGGGGAACCUACCUGGGCUUUACUUCUAACUGCCGCCAUUGCAGAGCUGGGAAUUCUUAUCGCCUCCCUGGAUCUUGUGGCCCCAAUUCUUUCUAUGUUUUUCCUCAUGUGUUACCUCUUUGUGAACUUGGCAUGUGCCUUGCAAACAUUACUUCGAACACCCAACUGGAGACCCCGGUUUCGCUACUACCACUGGGCCCUCUCUUUCAUGGGAAUGAGUAUCUGUCUGGCUCUGAUGUUCAUUUCUUCCUGGUAUUACGCUAUUGUAGCUAUGGUGAUAGCUGGUAUGAUCUACAAGUACAUCGAGUACCAAGGAGCGGAGAAAGAAUGGGGUGAUGGAAUCCGUGGGCUGUCCCUCAGUGCAGCCCGAUUUGCUUUGCUUCGGCUGGAGGAAGGACCUCCACACACUAAAAACUGGAGGCCUCAGUUGCUUGUAUUGCUGAAACUAGAUGAAGACUUACACGUCAAGCAUCCUCGCCUCCUCACCUUUGCUUCACAGCUUAAAGCAGGAAAGGGCCUCACUAUUGUGGGCUCUGUUAUCGUGGGGAACUUCCUGGAGAACUACGGGGAAGCUCUAGCUGCUGAGCAGACCAUAAAGCAUCUAAUGGAGGCAGAGAAGGUGAAAGGGUUCUGCCAGCUGGUGGUGGCGGCCAAGCUGAGAGAGGGCAUUUCCCACCUCAUCCAGUCAUGUGGCCUUGGGGGCAUGAAGCACAACACCGUGGUGAUGGGAUGGCCUAAUGGCUGGCGCCAGAGUGAAGAUGCUCGAGCUUGGAAGACUUUUAUUGGCACAGUUCGAGUGACAACUGCUGCCCAUCUGGCCCUGCUGGUGGCUAAAAACAUCUCCUUCUUUCCCAGCAACGUGGAGCAGUUUUCUGAGGGCAACAUUGAUGUGUGGUGGAUUGUGCAUGAUGGGGGGAUGCUCAUGCUCUUACCAUUCCUACUUAAACAGCACAAGGUGUGGCGAAAAUGCAGCAUACGGAUCUUCACAGUAGCCCAGUUAGAAGACAAUAGUAUUCAGAUGAAGAAGGACCUGGCCACCUUCCUCUAUCACCUGCGCAUUGAGGCAGAGGUGGAGGUGGUGGAGAUGCAUGACAGUGACAUUUCAGCUUAUACUUAUGAGCGCACCCUGAUGAUGGAGCAGAGAUCCCAGAUGCUCCGGCACAUGCGACUGUCCAAAACCGAGCGGGACAGAGAGGCACAGUUGGUGAAAGACCGGAACUCAAUGCUGCGAUUGACCAGCAUUGGGUCUGAUGAGGAUGAAGAGACAGAAACCUAUCAGGAGAAGGUGCACAUGACUUGGACAAAAGACAAGUACAUGGCAUCCCGGGGACAAAAGGCCAAGUCGAUGGAAGGAUUCCAGGACCUGCUUAACAUGCGUCCGGACCAGUCCAAUGUGAGGAGGAUGCAUACAGCAGUGAAACUCAAUGAGGUUAUAGUUAACAAGUCCCAUGAAGCAAAGCUUGUUUUGUUGAAUAUGCCAGGGCCACCUCGAAACCCUGAGGGUGAUGAAAACUACAUGGAGUUCCUAGAAGUGCUCACCGAGGGACUAGAGCGAGUCCUCCUUGUCCGAGGUGGUGGCAGUGAAGUGAUCACCAUUUAUUCAUAAUCUACUCCUGAGUGACUCUGCUUGGCCUCACCUUUCCUAAAAGGCUUCCAUCCUUCGUGGAAGUGCCAGCUCUUUACUACUACUCCCAUCAAGUAGGCCUGGGUUCUGUACACAUCACACUGAACUCUUGACAGGCUGAGCCUCAAGUACUUGUGCAAAAAAAGUACAAAUAGUUCUGCUCUUUGCUGUCAUAUGAUCUGCCAUCCUUACAGAAGAAGCAAAUCUUCCCUCAACAUUGGAACACUGGUCAAGUCCUAAAAGCCAUGUCUGUCCCAGUUGAAGUCAAGUUAGAAUUAAUAAGCUAAACCAAUAAAAAUGAAUUGGCAAAAGGGAUGCUAGAAAUUCAACUGAAGACCGAAAGCAAGUACAGUUCCAACAUUAAAGGGAAGUCUCAGAAGUCAUGGUCCAGUGAUGACACCAUGGGGGUAACAGCCAGAGGACACAGCUUCAUCAUACUAAAGAAAUCACAGCCAAGUAUAUGGGGACCUAACAUCCUUGUGGAGAUAACCUGUGGCAAACCAGGAUGAAAACCUUUUUUAGCGAAUUUUCUUUAAUGAAUCCACUGUUCUCCAGGACUCUGAUUUUCUGUUAGGGUACUAAUAUACAAAAACUGACACAUGGCUGCAGCCUUUACUUCUUCCUCCAAAAUAAGAUUCUCCCCAAAUACCAGGUUUAAGUACAUAUACUAUGUUGGU